AAACAGUACUGAAACACUAUGGCAGAUCAAGAAACCACAGAAAACCCUACUGCCACACGAAUCAAACAAUCAAUUUCAGUUCCUUUUCUCUGGGAAGAAAAGCCAGGAACACCGAAACCAGGAUGGAAGCGCGUUAAUCCUAUCAUGCAACUGCCUGUUAAACUGAUUGCUUCAAUUCCGUUUACAUGGGAAGAAAAACCAGGAACACCACUACUUACUCCUUUUUCCCACACCAAGAUUACCAUGCCUUCUUCUUCACCACGUCUGCACCACCACAGCAGAAACAACCCGUUUUGCGAUUCGGAUUCUGAUCUUGAACAUCAGGAACUUCAUGUUUCAGAACCUGAGAUGGGAGUCAUUUACUCAUCACCAAAACACCAUAAAAACAAUCCGUUUUGCGAUUCUUCUGAUGACGAGCUUGAGCAUGGUGAAAUGGCAGAAUCGAAAUCCGAUAACAUCAGUGGCUACCUUCAAGCCCCUUCAUCGCCAGCUUGGGAAACCGAGAGUAUGGCAAGCAGCUGUGAGACUGGUACAACAACGCUAGCUGGAUCAUCGUUCUUGGAAUGCAUGUUUCCGCUUUUGACCCCGAAAGCUGGUUUCUUUGAAACCGUUGGUGGUUCAGUAAAUAGGGCUCCACCAACGAAUUCUUGUACUCAGAUCGUUAGCUAUGCCGCAGAGAGUAAGCCAUUGACACUUGGUGAGCUGAUUAUGAUGAGCCGAAGAAGAACUUAUCUCCAGAAAGUUGUCGAAUCACAUCAAAGCAAUCAUUCAACGGAAUUGAUGAUGAGAAAUGGAUUUGGAUGUUGCAUUGACGUUGGAGGACUGCAGAAAUUGAAGAGGCAGCUGCAGCUAAAACUGAUAUAGGACUUCUAUUGAAUCACUUCGUUGGUCUACAUCCAACGUAAUUAGUGGAGGGAGUGGUGAAAGAUGGGUUGCGGGAUGCCAUUGCC